AUGUCUAGGAAAACACGGAAGUAUCUUGAGAAUUCGACGGACGACAUAAAAUUCGACAACGACAGGCAGGAAGAAACUGAGAAGAAAGACGACGAACCGUCAUCUCCCGCAGAAACAACGGAAGAACCUCCGAAACACGUCGAUGCAAACGUGGUUUAUCCAUUUCACGAUGCAAAACCAGCCAGUUUCCCUCCUCCUCUUCCGCCUGAUGCUGCAGCACACUCCGAUCCGAAGGAACAAGUGGCCAGUGCCGAAAGAAAUGGAAAGCAAGUACCAGAGGCCGAGGAAAAAGAGAAAAAAGACGAGGUCGAGGAUGAAAUCAAGGAUGAAGAUAAAAGUGACGAAAAAAUUCGUCCUUUGGUCGUAAAGGAAGUUUGCGACGAGAAAAGUUGCGCCAAAGAGAACUGCAGCCCCGAUUCCUGUGAGAAACCUGUGCAGAAAUCCUCUCAACAAUCGGAAGAUAAAAUUAUCCACAUGAAAUUAACAGAAUUGAUCAAUAGCUCGAUCCAGGAAGCGAUGCAGACGAUCGUGAAGCAAUGUAGAAUGGUAUUUAAGAUGCAAAACGAAGAACAGACUACCGAGAAAAAGGCAAAAGAAGGGGUCGAUAAAUCGGUGUGCGAUGCGAAAAAUGAAGGAAUUCCGGUGAAAAUCAGGCACGAGAAUCGACCACGCACCACUCAGGAUCAAUUGAACGAUCGUUCGAGGGUCUCGAAAGCUAGUCGACUUCGGGAAAGAUAUAAGAACGUUCGUUCGUCUCCGCAAAAAUUGCACGACAAGAAAGGGAACGUGCUGGAAGAGAUACGGAAUAAAAGACACUCGAAAUCAGCGAACAACGUGAAAACUGACAAUCGUCGAAUGACCGGCAACGUGAACAUUUACAUCUGCUCGGAAGCUAACGAAAAUGCUCAACAAACCAGAAAACAAAAGAAAGCGGAAACAUGCACGGAAUCGAGCUCGGAGACAACGACCGAACAGUCGAAAGUUUCGUCGAGUAAAUUGGUCACAUGCAUUCGUAACAAACGUAGAAAAUCCAAGGAGCAGAAUUCUAUCGAUUCUCUGUCGGGGAAGGAGGAGAGCAGCGACGAUAGUACUAUAUGCACUUGCGUUUCCAAGUACACAGACUCGAUUAGCGAGAGCAAUCGUUUUAUCGAAGUCUGCGGUGCAUUCGAUAAGGACGUCUGUGCAAAGAACACGGAAUCCACUUUGACCGAUUGCGAAUGCACGCAGACGAAUAUCAACAAUGUUCAGCUGGCACUUGACAAACCGAAAUUCGUCGUGUGCGACAAGAGGGAGGAACCCUGCUCGACGAUUUAUCCCAUGAAAAGUUUGUCCAACUCUGACAGCGAAGAUUGGUCCACGAAAUCGAGCAGCAGGAACGCAGAUUGCAUCGACAAGUGGUCCUUGGAGCCUAAUUCCGAGCACAGUAACAGCUACGUAAACAAUUUAAAGGGUAGUUAUCCUGUCAGCGAAGACGACAGUUGCGAAGCAUCAGCUAGAAGAAAUUUGGAGAGAGUUUGUAAGUGUGGGAAGAAAGGUGGAGAGUCAACUGGUAGAUAUUCUAUGCGAUGCAAUUGUAAGAAGAGAUCCUCUAAAACAGUGGAACAGGAGAAUUUAAUGCAGCCGUGGCUGAUUUGUAAUUGCAUAAGGGAAGAGGAAGAGGAAGAUUGUGUCGAUGAUAAAGCUUCGAAGAAGUUCGCCGAAGAAAAGGAAGAAAUGACUGUUUGUCGAGGAGCUUUGGAAAAUCUAGAAGAACCUAAACUUGUACCUUGCGCGGACUAUUCUGGAGAGUCGAGGAAAAGUAGGGAAAAAUUGAAGGAGGCUUUAGAGAAGGACGAGAAGAGGGAGGUUAAAGACACAGAGGAAGGAGGAGUUGAAGAAGUUCCUGCGAAAGUGGAGGAAUCGGAAGAAAAAUCAACGAAGAGUGUCCGUAGAACAUCGAUGCCUUUUGCAUCUCGAAAAUUAAUCAGACCUGAAGUGAUGGUGCUGAGAAAUAUUUUGAAGCACGAAGUGAAACAACCUGCGCAAACUGUCGAUCAGAAAAGUGUCGCGCCUGUGAAAAAGGCGGACAGUUUGGAACAACCGGUGAAAAAUGGGGGCAAAACGACGCAAGAUAUUCUGAAAAGGUUCAAUAUACCGGAAGAGUACAAAUUUUUGAAGAAACCAGCUGCUGAAGAGGAGCAAACGGGUGAAAAGAAUGAAAAGGUAGAAGAGAAGAAGGUGGAAGUUAAAGGAAACAAAGAAGAUAAAGAUACGAAAAAUUUGCAAGGAAAGCUGAAGAACACGUUCGCCUUCAAGAGGUUGAAGAAAAUUCUAGGCAAGACCGAAUUUCCAGAAAAGAGAGACGAAGGAUCGAUAGGAAAAGAUAAGAUUAACGAAAGCACAUCUAAUGUUGGUGACGUGAAAAAUGUUGAGAAUCCUAAGACAAAUGUUGACGGAGAUCAGUUACCAGUGAAAGAUAAUGAAAUUAAAGGUAGGCAUAAGGAAAAGGAGAGAUUUAAUUUUUCCAAACUGAACCUGUACAGAACCAUGAAAAAUAAAAAGGACAAACCUGAACAAAAUACUACUACUAAUUCGCCUACAAUUAAAGAACACAAGAAUAGCGAUAAAAGUGACAAUGUUAUCGACGCAUCGGUGAAAAAGGAAGAUACUCAAGAGACAACUUCUGAGAUCGAUAAGGAAACGAAAAAUAAAUCUAAACAAACGCCUGUCGUUGCUAAUGAAAAUUCACCUGCAUUGCCAACUCAAGAUGACACUCAAUUAACGAAGCGAGGAAACUCUGAAAAUUCCCAGAAGCUAUCUGAACCUAAAAGAAUUAUAAAAAAUCCCAAAGUCGAUGAACCAGCAAAAAGGACACAGUUUGAGAAGAAACUGAACAUUCAAGAAGAAAAGAAAGCUGAUCCUGAAGAACCUACAAUUCAAGAUGAAAGAAAACCAACUAGAAAAUUGUCAUUUAACGAAAUGAAAGAGUCUUCGCCAUCACAGCACCCGCAACACCAUAAAAUAGACCCCCGUACAAUCUGCACAAACUCCAAGUACCCAAAAUCCUCAACGAUGAACGAAUCUUUCACUUCUAUAUGCAACUGCUGCUGUUCGUCGAUAUCCGAAUACACGAACGAACCCAUAAAUUACCCGAAAAGCUGUCUAAAGAAGGACAGAACACUUUAUCAGCACGUCGAUUCUCAGAGAAGUAACUUUUCUCUUCCGUAUCGCGACAAGAGGAGCUGGGAAGACUGUGGCUGCAGGAGAAUAAUCCCUUGCAACGUUUGUUGCAGACCAAGAAACGAUGCCAGGUAA